GUUGGUAGCUUUACAAGCAAACCCAAAAAAAUACUACAAAAAAGAAGUGAGAGGGUUACAGUCAAAACGUGGCCGCCUAACCCCUCAAUGUUUGAUGCUCUUCCUGAUAUAGUAUUAUUUCAUCAUUUUCCUUAGCACUCUUCAGUCCGUAUUCCCAUACAUAUAUUCAUAACGAAGCGUCUCUUCAAAAACAUCAACAAGAAACAGAGAAUAAAACAAUGGCAGCUGGUGGAGGAGGAAAGUCCGAUGACUUCCAGCCGUUCCCUGUCAAAGAACAGCUCCCCGGUGUUGAUUUCUGCGUUUCCAGCUCUCCAUCUUGGUCUGAAGCAAUAAUUCUAGGAUUUCAGCAUUACGUGGUAAUGCUUGGGACAACUGUUAUCAUAUCAUCUAUAAUUGUCCCUUUAAUGGGCGGUGGCAAUGUGGAGAAAGCUGAGGUUAUAAAUACUGUUCUCUUUGUUGCUGGCAUAAACACGCUAUUGCAGACAUUGUUUGGAACCAGGCUGCCGGUGGUGAUUGGGGGAUCUUAUGCUUUCAUUAUUCCCACCAUUUCCAUUGCUUUGUCCAGAAGAUAUAGCAUUUUCAUUGAUCCCCACCAGAGGUUUAAGCACUCCAUGAGAGAUGUACAAGGAGCACUCAUUGUUGCAUCAUUCUUUACUAUGGUUAUUGGUUUCUUUGGUUUCUGGAGAAUUUUGGCAAGGUUUUUCAGCCCACUUGCAGCUGUUCCUCUUGUGAUUCUCACAGGACUCGGGCUCUACGCACAUGGUUUCCCACAAUUGGCCAGAUGCAUCGAAAUUGGACUCCCAGCAUUGGUAGUAGUGGUUUUCUUAUCUCAGUAUGUUCCCCAUUUAAUCAAAUCCAAGAGAGCAAUAUUUGAUCGUCUUGCAAUCCUUUUCUCCGUUGCGAUUAUAUGGGUUUAUGCAGAAAUUUUGACAGCAGCUGGUGCUUAUGAUAAUAGAGCUUCAAAAACUCAGUUCAGCUGCCGUACUGAUCGUUCUGGGCUCAUUAGCGCUGCACCUUGGAUAAGGGUUCCAUAUCCAUUUCAAUGGGGAAGACCGAGUUUCAAUGCUGCUGAUACUGUUGCAGUGAUAGCUGCCUCUUUUGUUGCUAUCAUUGAGUCUACGGGUACGUUUAUUGCAGCAUCAAGAUAUGCGAGUGCCACUCCUAUGCCGCCUUCCGUGUUUAGCCGUGGUGUUGGCUGGCUGGGAGUAGGCAUUUUACUAGAUGGUUUAUUUGGCACAGGAAGUGGCUCCACUGCUUCAGUUGAAAAUGCAGGUCUUUUGGGAUUAACAAGAGUUGGAAGUCGGAGAGUCGUUCAAAUAUCGGCAUUAUUUAUGCUUUUCUUUUCUGUAUUAGGAAAAUUCGGGGCUGUUCUGGCUUCAAUACCAUUGCCAAUUAUGGCUGCUCUCUACUGUCUCCUCUUUGCUUAUGUUGCUUCAGCUGGACUUGGUCUCCUUCAAUUUUGCAACCUAAACAGCUUCAGGACAAAGUUUAUACUGGGAUUUUCUCUCUUCAUGGGCCUCUCCAUCCCUCAAUAUUUUAACGAGUAUCUACUAGUUUCAGGUCGUGGCCCUGUUCACACUCAUUCUACAUGGUUCAACAAUGUCAUGCAAGUAAUUUUUUCAUCCCCGGCAACAGUGGGAAUCAUAGUUGCUAUCUUCUUGGACAGCACCCACAGUUUCGGGCAUAGCUCAGUUUGGCGAGAUAGUGGAAGGCAUUGGUGGGAAAAGUUCAGGAAUUUCAACACAGAUACUAGGAGUGAAGAUUUCUAUUCCCUGCCUGGUAAUCUUAAUAGGUUCUUCCCUUCAUUUUAAACUUCAAGUCUUUCCUUCCAUGGACAAAAAACUGAAGAUCAGUGACAAUAAUGACCAUGGAAGAUAUUUGCUGGGAAAUUAAAUCCUUCCUUUUUAAUUUCUUAGUUAUUAGUAGUCCAUAUCGAUACUAGAAACAAGCAAAUAAAAAAGUUAAAAAACCGUAUAUACUGUUUGAGCAAUUGAGACAGCGAUUUGGGAAACCAUUAUCAGCUAAGCUUAUGGCUAAAAUUUCCUUCGUACGCCAAGAAUUUGCAGUGGCAGUUUGUUAACAUGCUAGUUUCAAUUCAGUACUUGUAAGAAAUUUAUUGGCAAGUCUUUUUAGCAUAGAUGUACGAAACUUUUUUUUUUCUUACAGAACUUAAAUUAUAGUGAAUUAUUGUACCAAACUGAUUCUUUUAUGUAAAA